AUGAGUUGUCACGCGUGCUUGGGCAAGUACGCCCCCGAGGCGCAGCCGCUGCUGGCGGCCAAGAAGGAGGAGGCGGCCGGCCGUUCGCCCGCGCGCAUCUUCAAGGACUACGUGCACAACGCCGCGCUGAUGGCCAUCCCAGCGGCGCUGGUCCUCGUCGUCACCGCGUGCGUUUGCCUCGGGCUCGGAUACGACCUGCCGACGAUCACCGGAGGCGUGGAGCCCGGACUGGAGUUCCCCGAGCCCUUGGUGGUGAACCCGCCGGGGAACGCGCGGGCGGAGGCGGCCGUCGUCUUUCUGCACGGACUCGGCGGGCACGCGCGGGGCGUCGACGGCGUGGGCAUCGCCGCAAAUCUCAUUCAGCUCCCGGGCGUCAAGUGGAUCUUCCCCGACGCGCCCGUCAUGCCCGUCACCGUCGAGGGCGGACGAAACAUCCCGUCGUGGUACGACAUCGAAAGGUUCACCGACUCCAUCGAGGACUUCGUGGACGACAAGACGCGCAUAAUCCAGUCCGCGCAGUUCGUCACCGGCAUCGUCCAGGAGCUCGUAGCGAAGGAUGGCAUCGCGCCCGAGAAGAUUGUCCUGGGCGGGUUCAGCCAAGGAGGCGCGGUGGCGCUCACCGCGGCGCUGCACGGCGCAUCCGCGUUGGGCCCCGGAGUUAGCCUCGGCGGAGUGUUCGCGCUGAGCUCGUACCUUCCCAUGCGCGACAUGUAUCCGUCACCGAUGAUGCCCGACCCGUCCGUCGCGGCUCGGACCAAAGUUUUGAUCGCGCACGGCGACGAAGACGCCAUCUUGCCGCUCGAGUUUGGCCAGGUCACCGCGCAGAAGCUGAGCGCCAUGGGGGCGAACGUGGAAUUUCACGAGAUGUACGGCGUGGGCCACGAGCGGCUGGGAGACGAGGAGACGGCGAUCCUGCGACGGUGGCUAGCGCAGCUCGUGUGA